AUGGUGCUGAAUGCGGUAGCUGUGGUUCUGGUGCAGUCCUUCAUCUUCAAGGAACAGAACUUCAAAGAAAAGUAUGCGGCCACAUGGGGGCUUGUGACCGGUUCCAGCUCGGGGAUUGGCCGAUCUAUUGCCGAACGUCUGGCCUCACAGGGUAUCAAUGUGGUGCUGGUGGCCCUGGAUGACGAUGUGUUUACUAAGACCCUUACAGCACUACGCGCGGACUAUCCCAGUGUGGAGUUCAGAGAAGUGCGCGCCGAUCUGUCCGGAGGCAGCGGCGACUACAUGAAUGCGAUUAAGGCCCGAACGGCCGAUAUUGACGUCAACCUGGUCUUCAACAACGCGGGAUACAUCAUUCCCGGCCUAUUCGCUGACCUGUCCAUCGAGGGACAGCUGAAGAACUACGAAGUCAAUUCCACAUGCGCUCUGAAGAUCACUCACCACUUUGUCAAUGACAUGCUCAACAAACGCAUCAACGGACUGGUUACAUUCACAUCCUCAUCGGCUUCGUACAUCCCAGGUCCUAUGGCUGCCAUAUACGGCUGUACGAAGGCCAUGAUCACGCACUUCGCCACUUCAUUGGCCGCAGAGGUGCAGUCCAAGGGCAUCGAUGUGCUGGUGGUUCAUCCCUCGCCCAUUAACAGUGGUUUCUACAACAACGCUGGUACUAUGGAGUCGCUGCGGUUCUUCCAGAAGACGGCACGCUCGCCCGAUGUGAUCACAGACUGUGUUUUCACCAGCGCCGGUCGCAUGGUGGUGCGUGAUCAGGGCUACUUCUCCAUCGGCAGCAAACUGAUGCUAAAGGUAUUGGACUUCAAUGCGCUGACGGAGUGCAUCCGCUACGGUAUCGCAACAUCAGGCGAUUUCGUCACCAUGGCGACCCAGCGCAAACGCCCCGAGACGCCGUUAGCUUCUGCCACGGCUGGAGGACAGAACUGA